GAGUGUGCAACAGGCUGAGAGAGUGUGUAUGUGGUGAGAGUGCGCGUGAAUAUAAGGGAGUGCAGCGCAACAACCAACCUCACAGCUAAUUAGUUCAACCCUUGAUAAAAGCUGGGCCAGCCAGUGAAGAGAACCCCUGGGGGCUCCACAGACUGCUCUGGAGGCUAGAGAGGAGAAGGCUAAUACAGGUGGAGCUUAACUGAUGUUUCGAACUUCUCCGGAGCAUGUGAGAGCUGGAGACGAAGAAGGAGGAUUGCUGCGGGACGUGUGGGACUAGCAGUUGGAGAUCAUGUCUGGACCAGAUUCAGAUGAUGACAGAGCCUUCAAAGACUUAAAUGUUGUGGGAAUGCUUCACCAGUUUUGGGAGCAGAAGCAAAUGAAAGGCAUGAUGAUGGAGACAGAGAAUCUGGUAGUCUAUGAGUCCAUUCCCUCACCCGGCCCUCCGUACAUAUGCUAUGUCACCUUACCAGGUGGCAGCUGUUUCGGAAAUCUGAAGUACUGCUACAGUAAAGCCGAGGCCAGACGUGAUGCAGCUCGCAUUGCUCUGAUGAACUCCACAUUUAACGAGUUGCCCUGCCGCCGCAUCACUCCCGAGUUCAUAUCACGCAGCGUGAAGGAAGCCGUCAGCACCACCAGCAGUAACAUUGCAGAUGCAUCUGACCCCGGUACCAGCAUAGGAGCGUACUGUCUCAUGCUGGAGCUGAACACUGGGAAAACCAUGCUGGAAUUUCAGGAAAUUAUGACUGUUUUUCAACUUCUGCACUGGAAUGGCACUCUGAAGACUUUUCGGCAGAUGAGAUGUAGCCGCCAGGAGGUGAUCCUGUACUACUCCCAGCAGCGUCUGGACGAGCGUACGCGCAGCCACAUGGCUCUGGACUGGUUACAGAAGGAGCAGCAAUCGCCCGGCCUGCUCUCCCAAGAGCUGCAGCUGGCCAUGAAGGAGCUGGGGGAGGCCCGGAGAAUCGGCAGGGAGCUCCGUUUCUAUAAGGAGAAGAAAGAAAUCCUGAGCUUAGCUCUCAGUCACGCUAAUGCUGAGGAUCUGGAGGGCUACCAGAGUGAGGAGAUGUCCUGGAGGGAAGAGACUGAGUUUGAGUACUAUGCCCAGGAGGGACACUGUCUGGAGGAGAGUAUGACCAAUACUUCAGAGCACUGUCAGUGUCACUCUCAGGAGAGUGAUAGAGAAUCAAUGGAGUGAGCUCUGUGAGACAAAAUGUAUAUACUGUACAUACUGUUCUUUUUUAUAUAAUGUGGCAUCAAUAAAGCUUUUUCAGUCUUCUUUCAUACCCUUUAAAAACACAGGUUCCAAAAUGUGAUGUUCACAGCCAAGCUAUAGAAGAACAACUUUGGGUUCUCCAAAGAAACUAUAAUGUAGCCCAUAUUCUUAAUUUCCUGUGCAUUUUAACACAUAAAAAUGGUAAUAAAGAUGUGUUGUAUAUAUAUUUUUGCUGGUGUUAGUUUUACAAAUGUUUAGAGAGUUCCUAUCUGCACGAGUACGUUUUUAUUUGUGGUUGUUUUGAUCUUCUGCCAGUCUGCCAGUAGAGGACGCUGUUUCUGUACUUUUGUAACGAAGUGUCUGUCCUAAUUUAACAGAAAGGAGCGCUAACAGCACUGUCAUUAUUCAUUUUUCAUUGUCGUUCUUGACUAGAAAUGUGAUUAGCUCAUUUUUUAUUCCAAACAAAUACACACGCCUAAUCAGCUUCUACUGAACAUUUGCUAAUUAAAAUCAUUCCUUUGUAGAAGUAAUUGUGAAUAAAUGUAGGACCUGUUUGCAAUGUUUUGAUUAAAAUGGUAACCCUGACUAAUGUCCAUAAAAA